AUGAUCUGUUUCAUUUCGGUAAUUGUUUUCCUGGUGAAAAAAUUUGGCUUCCUGACUAACGAGGAUCGUCCUCGUGUCCAGAAAUGGGCAAUAUUCUUCAUUGGAAGACUAUCUAUUGGACUCUUUACCGCGUUGAUUUUCUGGUUUAAUCCUGAAAGAAAUCUAAAGUUCCUUUUAUCAGGUGGACUAUCGCUUUCCAUCAAGAGUAUUAGAUGUAUUUUCAUGUUAGUUUCCCUUCAAUUCUUCGGGAAAGCAGGAAGAAGUGCAAUUAAAACAAUUUUGUUCACGUUAAUAAUCACAGGUCCGCUGACGAAUCUCUCAAAGAACGCUCUCGAGAUCAAUAGAGUCUUUGUAUGUUCCUCAGUUUUAGCCUACAAUUUAACUAAAACUCAUAUUGAUCUCAUGAUCCUACCUUUCCGGGCUGCCAUUGAAGACCUCCGCAAUAUAUCCCAAGUUACAGAGGCUUUUGAUAUAGUCAAUCAAGUUGUAGAUCCUCUUGUUCAGGAAAUUGAAUUGGAUGAUGAUACUGAAAGUUCGGUAAUAAGAAAUACCUCAGAAUCCUCGGAAUCAAGCCCUAGAGAUGCUAAAAGCAUAUCUGAGAAUUAUUCCAAGAAGCUCAGUCAAAGAUGCUUGGAACAGUUGGAGAAGGGAAGAGAUGCCUGUGCAGAUACAUUUUCCGGAAUCCAUGAGCAAUGUAGAGAAAAAUUGCCCGGUUUCCUGGAGAAUCAGUUUUGCUGGAUGAUGGACAUAGAGUCAAUUUGUCUUUCUAAAAUUGAUAAUAAAACCAAGGAACUCUGCACACCAAAAAAUGUCCUAGAUGACUCAUUUGGAAAGAACUAUCUCGAUCUUUUGUCAGAGAGGGAAGAAUUUUCUAAAGAAAUUGAGGGUGUUUCAAUUGAUUACAGUUUCAAUGAAUCGAAUAUUAUUGAAGAAAUCAGGAAUGUAGAUGAAUACAAAACCGAUCUUGCAAAUAUAUUGGAAGAUAAGAAAACGGUCUUAGUGUUUUUGCUCAAAUUGAUGGAUAUCAUUUUUGCUUUUACUUACAUAAAAGUCAUGAUAAGAUCAAUUCUAUACCUUUAUUCCUAUCUUAUGGAGCUGGACUUUGAGAAUAUCUACAUUACCACUGCUUUUCGGGAAAUUGAUCAAAAUCGUGCUCAAAAAGGACAAAGAAAUCUCUUGCCUUUGAAAAAGUUCGAACGAGUUUAUCUAGUGGAUCCUUUUGAGAAGCGUCGGAUUCAAAAUGAUUACAGGAAUCUUAUUUAUCAUCUUCUAAAAUUUUUCCUUGAACUAAUUGCUGUAUCGGUAUUCAUCCUUUUGGAUUGGAUUCUUGUGGUUGCCUUGGAAGUUGUGGCUGCUCAUGGUGAGGUAGAUUUUACGCAAAAUAGUGAAAUCGAGGUGCAGAUUGAGGUUUCAGGAGAAGGAAUGAUGGCAUCAGUUAUUGGCAAUAUUAUUUCCGGAUUUAGUGUCAAUCAAACUGUUGAAAUAUUCGAGGAUAACAAGGAAUGCCUUCCUAAUCCAUCAAAAUUAUUCACAAUAUGGUACUUGCAGACUUAUGGACUUUUCCUGGUGAUACUCAUUAUGAUCUACAAUGAAUCUUACACUCAUCGUCUUCUGUUGCUCAUCUGUGUUUUCUUGUAUCCUGUGAGGCAGGAGGAGAGGAGCAACUUUCUCUACAGUAAGAUUCUUCUGGGUCGUAGGGAUCGUUUUCAGCAUAUGAAGCGGAUUCUGGAGGAGGAAAUUAUGCAAAAUGACGAGGGAUCUUUGGACAUUCCUUUCAAGGAGAUCCAGGGAGAAUUUGUGGAUUGCCCAACUGAAGGUUGUCGAACAGUUUACUGUGAUGAAUGCUGGAUAGAUUUGGGGGGUGCUUGCAUCUUGUGUGGUGGCGAAACCGGAAGUUCCAUGUGA